UCUUCUUCCCAGAAAAAAAAAAAAGAAAAAAAAGAAAAAAAUUUCCUUCUUGGGUAGGUUCCCGAAUAUUUACUCAAGUUCAUAUACUAUUAUUCCCGAAUUCUCGCAAUUGCGAAAUUUAAUCUCUCCGUCGUUGUUCUGUAACAGUCAAUCCAACAUCACUGCCGCACCAGGAUCUUGCAGGAACAUAUAAAAAAUGAUUCUUCUCAAAGACGUUGUGCCUGCAGCUCAAAACAACAUUGACACUAAAUUUAUACUUCUAGAGAAAGGCAGGACAACACUAGAAGGGCAAAAUAAGAUGUGCUUGGCGCUUGUAGCUGAUGAGACAGCAGCUGUUCAUUUUCAGCUUUGGGGAGAUGAGUGUAAUGCUUUUGAACCAGGAGACAUAAUUUAUCUGACAAAUGGCAUCUUUUCCUACCAGCGCAACAACCUUAUACUAAGGGCAGGCAAGAGAGGGAAGAUUGAGAAGAUAGGAGAGUUUACUAUGUCCUUUGUUGAGACGCCAAACAUGAGUGAGAUUCAUUGGAUUCUUGACCCAAGUAAUUCUAAGAAGUAUAUCCAGGAGUAUGUAAUAUCUCCCCAAUCACGCAUGUUCCCUCCGAUUCUGUAAAAGUGAUGUGCACUUUGACUUACUGCAAAAUUUACCCUGUCAAGUCUAUAGCUUGUUUCAGAUAAACCUACCUUUGUUUAAGCAAAUUUUUCACUAUGCCUAAAGGAAGGCAAUGUUUUUUAUUUUAUUUUAUUUUAUUUAUUUUGUUGUUGUGAUAGAAUGCAUUCUUUAGAUGAAAAAUUGCUGACAACUGCACUGGCCUCCAAGGCUUCUUGGUUUUCAAUUGCGUUGGUGGUGGCACAAGUUCCCUUCUCUUGAUUAUGGCAAGAAACCAAAGAUGGGAAUGUUGUUGCUGUCACCAUCAAGAGCAAGGGGACCAUUUAGUCUGUUGGUGCCCUGCUGGUUUGAAGAGUUGUUCCUGGGGUGACCUUGCUAAGGUGCAGAUGGCAGUUUAUAUGGUUUCAAACUCCACUAGUAUCAGAAUGGCUGAAGUCUUCGAGCGCAUUGACCACGAGUUUGACCUCGUGUAUGCCUCACCUGAGAAUCAGGAUGAGAAUGACCAAGGAAAUGAAUACUAGAAUCUAUAUCAGAUUGUUCUUGCAUUCUGUUUUCUUUCACGCCAAGUUGAGUCUUACUGGUUUGUUCCUUUGAAAACAUUGUCUGAUACCUUGUUAUGAAUC